UUGGGGUAUCAUAACAGACACAGAAUUAAGUUGAAACAAAAGGAAGAAAAAGGAAGUGUAAUUGAAGAUGAAGAAGAAAAUCAAAAAAGGGAGGAAGAGGAAGAAGAAGAAGAAUCAAACCUUAGACAACAUUAUAUCCCUAAAGGGGGUUGGCCUAUGAGAACCAGAACUUGGCCAGAUGGAAGAAGACUUGGCUCUGAUGGACUCAAAAAAUGGCAAAAAUUCAGGCCUAAAAUUAUCCAACAAGAGGAUAAAAUUAAAGAAAAAACAAAACAACCAAAAACAACUAAAACCUUAAAAAGUUCCCCUUCCACGCCUUCAACUGCCUCUAAUAAAAUUACUCAUAAAACAACAGAAAUGCCUUUACAACGUUUUACGGUCGAUCCGGGUAUUAAGCCUGGAUUGCAUUUUACUUUUGGUAAUCAAAUAUAG